GGGCAUCAGCUGUAUGACAGAGCUCCUUUUUCCCUGGGCACUUUCACCUCUUUUAGUUACACUCUGCCAAAUUUCCUCUCCCUGCUUCUUCAUGUUCCCUUUUGCAUUAAGGCAGUUUUUCUAAUUCUUUAGUGAGACUGUAUUUAUUAACAAAGUUUAAUAAAAUGUCAUCCCUUUUCAAGUUAGUUUGAUGAACUGAACUGCAGAAUUUGCAUCUCCAUACUGAGAAACCUGUAAUUUGUGACUCAUACCUGGGAAUGUUUUUGACUAUUGUUUUUAGGAAAGGAUAAAAAAUUUCUUUUAAAUAAUUUUUCUCCUCUGUAGAUGUAUUGGCACUUUAGAUAUGAAUAUAAACACGUUAAUAUAGAUUAUAUAAUGUACAUACAGAGUGCAUCUAUAUACCUUCAUAUGCACAGAGGCACGUGCCUGUCAUACAUGUAUGUCUUUUAAGUAGCACUGGAUGAAAUUCUGCCAGGAAACUUUACAUGGUUUCUGCACUUCUAGAUAAGGCUCAAAAUUACUGGUGGUACUGGCUGUGCCUAAGUUUAAAGAUUGUGGGAAAUGGCUAUAACAAGCUGCCACAUAAAUAACUAGUGGAAAGUGAAAGGAGGAAGGCAGCUUGUGAAAAAGUAUUCAUUUCCAAAAUGCUGCUCAGAGAGGUGAAAACAAAGGGAAGACAGAAUCUUAGGCGUUCACUCUGUACAUUAAGUUUAAUGGUGCUAUCAACAGCUUCAUAUGACAGGAAAUGAUCUGGGCGUUUUGUUCACUUAUUCUGGAUGCCCUUAGUUUCAGAGAGCAACUGGUAACAUGGAUUGCACCUCGGAAGGGGACAGCUGAACUCUCCCUCUGGCUUUAGUAAGGAAAGAGCAGCGAUGAAAUCCGUGGACUGUGUGCACGUCAUCCAACAGAAGGAUACCGCCUCCUCUCCCUCUGCCCCCCCUGGUGCUGCUUCAGGCGCCACGGGACUUUUUUCUGUCACAUUCCUGUGGCUUGCAAUGCUCCUGUCCUCUUGUCUUGCAGCAGUGUCUCUUUACCAUGUUAUCAUCCUGAAAACAGAACUAGAAGCUCUGCGCAGCGAGCUGAUCUACAGCGUCCAGGCAAGGUCUCCGCUAGACCAGCCCCUCGUGUCCCCCGACGAAAGGAAGGCAGGUAUCCCUGUUUCUCCCUUCCUGCAAGUGUCCGCAGCUGGCUCCGCACAGGAGAGCAGGCUUGCUGGUACUGGCCCAGCUGAGAGUUUCCAGAAGGAAAUCUGGAACGGGAGUAGGAACAGGGGCAGGCGGUCUGUUGCCAACACAGAAGAAAAAGUGCUGCAGGCCUGCUUGCAACUGAUUGCUGACAGCAAAAGUGAUAUCCAACAGAAAGAUGAUUCAAGCAUUGUCCCUUGGCUCCUGAGCUUUAAACGUGGAACAGCUCUGGAAGAACAAGGAAAUAAAAUAGUGAUCAAAGAAACAGGUUAUUUUUUCAUAUAUGGCCAGGUUUUAUAUACAGAUACAACAUUUGCUAUGGGACACCUAAUACAGAGGAAGAAGGCUCAUGUGUUUGGUGAUGAUCUCAGCUUGGUGACACUGUUUCGCUGCAUCCAAAAUAUGCCACAGUCUUAUCCAAAUAAUUCUUGCUAUACUGCUGGCAUUGCAAAAUUAGAAGAAGGAGAUGAACUUCAACUUACAAUACCACGGAGAAGGGCUAAAAUAUCCUUGGAUGGAGAUGGUACUUUUUUUGGUGCAGUAAGACUCCUCUGAAGCCCUUCAUUUCUGUGACUAUGCUUAAUGCCAUUUUCUUCUCUACCUAUGCCUUUGUCAGAAAAAAUAUUGAAUUGUAAUAAAUCUACCAAUUCAGCCUCUCCCAAUUUAUCACCAGCUUCUAAGAAUUUUCUUCACUUUAAUGUGCAAACCCAAACAGGAAACAUACCAGACAUGCUUGUGAUAUAACCAGCAUGUGAUUUACCAGAAUGACAAUUUGUUUUAGGCAAUGGGAGACUCUGGAUAACAACUAUAAAUCAAUGAGGUUUUGGCUUUGAAAAAAUUUGUUGUCCAUAUAGUAAAUUAAAAAAGGAGUUGACCAAAAAUAAUAGCAUGACCAGGACCACAGACUAUAAUAUUGUUAUCAAUUGAAAAGGAAAUCUAAAAUAAAAGUCUAUCUUGAAUUUGCAUUAUUUCAUCAACGAA